UGUGCUAUAAAGGGUUACCGGCUGCAGCGUUGAAACUAGAGUCUCUGAGGGUGAAGAAGCUGACCUUUAACUCAAGGAAGGAUGACAACUGAGAGUCCAAUCAGGAUGUUAGACAGUGAUGAGUCCAAAAAGUGGCUACCUGCUACUGGUUCUGGAUUGUUUUCUUCACCUUUCAGUAAUGUUGCUGGUCAUGAAGGCGUAGGUAAAGUUUUACAAGAGACUAUUGUUCGCAAAGAACAAACUCGCAUGAUGCCUAGUAGAAGUGGUAGUGCUCCACCUACUAUUGAGGGUUCAAUUGUUGGCUUUCAGGCUUUUAUGGAUCAACAAAAUUCGAGUUUGACCAGCUCUAGCAACGAGUUUUUGGACUGUGAGCCUGAAGAACAAAUGCGAACUGAUCCAGCAUACAUUCAAUAUUACUAUGCUAAUGUUAACUUAAACCCGAGGCUACCUCCUCCUCUAAUAUCACGAGAGAAUCGUCGUCUGGUGCAACAUAUGGAAAGUUUUGUUGGUAAAAAAGUUUCUGCAAGGGAAGGUUUUCUGGCAGCUCACAAGGAGGAGCCUGAGGAAGCAAAUUCACCACACGAAAUAUCUGGUGAUCAGGGGAAUUUUGUGGAUGGUACAAAGAUGACAUCAGAAGUUGGCCAUAAUGGAAGCAGUGGUGAUCUAAAGGAGGGAGACUUUGUUCAGGCUCCAUCUUCUGCAUCUAGUACAACUAUUAAAGAAGGAAGUGAUCAUGACAAUGUCAGAGUUUCAAACACUGAUGAUGAGCAUAGUACCAUGAGCUCUUCUAUCAAUCCCUCUGUAUCAACUGUUUCUUACUGCAGAACUGCUGAUUUAGAGGAUAAUGUGUCUAUCCAAAGUAAUAUUGGGUCUGAAGUUUCUGUAGUAGAGUCAAGAAUGAAAUUGUUGGAUGUUUCAGGCGAAAUAAUGAGAGAGGAAGACCAAAAGAGACUUGACUAUCUCCAUUUGCUUGAUGAGAAUAAGCUUCAUCCUCAUCCUUCACAAGGCGCACCAUACCAGAUAUCUGGAUUCCAAGCUUACGCUGUUCCCCGAGGAAUGUAUGCUGCUCAUCAGAAGCCACUACCACUGCAUCAGGCAUUCAUGCAUAACACAGGACUGGUACCACCAUUAUAUGCAUCAACAGCUGCCCAUAUGAAUUCAGGAAACCUUUUUUACCCAAGUGUACCACAGCCAGGAUUCCCUAGUCCACCACUUGCUCUGAGUGGAUUAAGUGCUAACACUACUUUACCUCCUCAUUUUGGCAGUUAUGUUCAGGGCAAUGCAUUUCCAAUGCCAAUUGAUACAUAUGGGAAGCCUGGCUUCUUUAAGCAAUCAGUGGAGGCUUUACUUGGCGAAAUGAACCCAUAUGCAAGUCAAGUGCUACGGCCUUCUUUUGGUGGUCCUGCUCAAGGACAAAGCUUUCAACAACUCUAUGAGAAUGCUCAUAAAAGUGCUGUUCAGAGUCAGAUUGAUGCACUUGCAUCACAAAGAGACACUGUUGCAAGUGCAUCUUCAAUAGGUGGCAGGGGACUAAAUCAUCCUGCAAUAAACAUACCGAGCUUAUUUCCUCUAAUAACUGGGACUCAGCUUAGAUUCAACUCUUAUGGAUAUCCUCCAAGCUUAGGAGAACCACAAUUUCAAGUGCCUCCUACAUUACCAGGAUCUUCUGUACCUAGGAUUAUUCAACACGGGCUAGGAAAUGAUGUGAGUGUUUCACAACAGUCAUCAAAAAGUACAGCUGCAUAUCCUGGAUGGAAAAGACAAGGUGGACCUGAGAGUUCUGAUAGAAACAGUAUUGAUAAUAAUGCUAAACGGCCUUCUUUUCUUGAAUUGCUUAAAUCCAACAGCUCUAGGAUUCUUGAAUUGUCUGAAAUUUCUGGCCAGAUUGUCGAGUUUAGCACUGAUCAACAUGGUAGUCGUUUUAUUCAACAAAAGCUAGAAAGCUGUGGCAGUGAUGAGAAGGAAUCUGUCUUUAAAGAAGUUCUUCCACAAGUUGCUAAAUUAAUGACUGAUGUAUUUGGAAAUUAUGUUGUUCAAAAGUUUUUCGAGCAUGGAACUGUUGAGCAGAGGAGAAAGCUUGGCCAGCAACUUACUGGACAGGUUUUGACCUUAAGUUUGCAAAUGUAUGGCUGUCGUGUGAUCCAAAAGGCACUGGAAGUAAUCGAGCUUGAUCAGAAAGUGGAGCUUAUGAAGGAGCUUGAUGGGCAUGUUAUGAAAUGUGUGCAUGACCAAAAUGGAAACCAUGUGAUACAGAAAUGUAUUGAAUUCGUCCCAACUGAGAAAAUCAAAUUCAUCAUUUCUUCAUUUAUUGGUCAAGUUGCAACACUUUCAUGUCACCCAUAUGGUUGUCGUGUCAUCCAGAGAGUUCUGGAGCAUUGCUCAGAUGAGCAGAUAAGUCAGUGGAUGGUUGAUGAAGUCCUUAAAUCUACUUCGACCCUUGCUCAUGACCCGUAUGGCAACUAUGUCACUCAGCAUGUUAUGGAAAUGGGAAAGCCCCAUCAAAGAAGCCAAAUUAUACAUAAGUUGACUGGUCGAUUUGUACAGUUGAGUCAGCAUAAGUUCGCGUCCAAUGUUGCUGAAAAAUGCAUAAAAUUUGGCAGCGAUUCAGAGAGAAAUCUCAUAAUUGAGGAAAUCAUUGCACAGUCUGACAACAAUGAGGCACUAUUGAUGAUGAUGAAAGACCAAUUUGCAAAUUAUGUGGUUCAGAAGAUUUUCGAGAUUGGCUCUGAGAAGCAAAAGGAGACAUUGCAGAAUUGUAUACGAUUACAUCUUCCUGUUUUGAAAAAAGUCCCCUAUGCAAAGCACAUUGUAUCUCGCUAUGAUCAAUUGACAGGUGGAGUCUUUCUGUCUCUAGUUCUGUAUUGCUUGAGACUUCGUUCUUUUUACCUAAACACUAAUUUGAGCUUGUUGGAUCUCAUAAAUUUAUUUGAACUUAACAUUUCAGAUCAGAUUUUAUACAAUAUAUUUACAUACAUGCUUUGCAUUUUUUUAGCACAUGCAUUUGCCUAGCAAUACAAAGACUGAGGAGUAGAUAUUUAUACUAGAAACACAAGCCAGAAUCACACUUUCUUUACUCAUUCAUACCAAAAAAGAGGAGCAAGUUAAGUGACCUAAGUUGAUAUUUAGCCAUUUACUAACCAAAUCAAAAAAAAUUUCUGUCUUCCAAAGAUAAGUCUGUAGGACAUCCAGUCCAGCACGAGUAGCACAUGAUAUGAUGAAAGAUAAAGACUUCAUAAAAACAUAUAGUUGCGUGUUCAAUGCUUUCAUUUCUCGUUUAAGGCAUUAUAUCAGUCCUGCAUAUCGUUAGCCUUGAUAUUUUGAAUUGCAGAGGGCUCAGAACAGGAGACAAAACAGUGUACAAAGAUGGCUGACAGCGUUGCGAGCACCUCUGAAUGAGCUAUCCACUGCUAACUUAACUAAGAUGGCAGGAUUUGAUAAUUUCCGAUGAUGUUAACACUUAACAUAAUGCAUUGGUUGAUAUUUGAUUACUGAUGUUUGAUUUAUGUGCAGCGUUUCUUGUAUUCUUGUACAUCCAAUCCUCUUUUGCUGAUGUCUUUUUUAACCUCCGCCAACUUGUAAUUGUGUAGUUGUAUGUCUAUUCCAACUCUUGUAUUUAUUUUUCAAACUUCUUAUUGUCAUAUUAUGAUUCUUCCAAAAA